AUGGGGACCUGCUGCAGUUGUCUGUGCAGAGACAGCAUCCCAGACAACCAUCCCACCAAAUUUAAGGUGACAAACGUGGAUGAUGAAGGUAACGAGCUGGGAGCUGGGAUUAUGGAGCUGACACAGACGGAGCUCAUCUUGCACACUCACAAGCGAGAUGCCGUCAGGUGGCCCUACCUCUGCCUGCGCCGCUACGGCUACGACUCCAACCUCUUCUCCUUCGAGAGCGGCCGGCGUUGCCAGACAGGGCAGGGGAUUUUUGCCUUCAAGUGUUCCAGAGCAGAGGAGAUCUUUAAUCUGCUUCAGGACCUGAUGCAGUGUAACAGCAUCAACGUCAUGGAAGAGCCUGUUGUCAUCACCAGGAACAGUCACCCCACGGAGCGGGAGCUCUCCCGGACUCCCCAGGCACCUAACAGUCUGGGGUACACUGUCCCAGGAUUUCCCAAUGGAUUUCCCAGCUUCCCUGGAGAAACCCUGUCAUACUCGGCAGCCCGCCACCCCUCCGUGAGCAGCCUGAGGCAUUCCUCUGUGGGUGAAGACUCUACUCAUGCCCUUAUUGGGCCUGAUGAGCAGUCCCACACCUACGUCAACACGGCCAAUGGCGAUCAGGAGCUGAGGGGCCGACAUUGUAUGCACUCCUUGCCUGAAGCCCACCCUCCUUUCCCCCCUAGGAACCACAGCUGCUCCCUCGAAGACCGCAAUCCCCAGGUCUUUCUGCAGCCAGGGGAGGUUAAGUUCGUGUUAGGUCCCACCUCCACCUACAGGCGCGUCUGUCGGCACCACCGGGAGGGCAGGACGCACUUCUGCCCCCCCCCCAACAACAACAACGAGUGUGAGGAGGGGUGCCCCUCGCCCCAGUGCGUCUACGAGAACGUCAACGGCUUGCUGCCCCCCAGCACCUCUUCUCUCUGCCGAGGAGGGCGCUUAAAACUCGCCCGGGAGGACGCGGGCUUCCCCGGCUGCUCCCAGCGCAGAACGGCCUUGCUGCACUACGAGAACUUGCCGUCGCUGCCCCCGGUGUGGGAGUGCCAGCCCCUCCGGCGGGACGAGGAGGACGCGGGCGCCGGGGACGUGCUGACGCCUUCCCCCAGUGGCUUCUCCGAGGCUGGCGAAGAAGAUCCCCUGCAGAACUACGUGAACUCGGAGAACGCCGCGCUGCACAGG